CGCAUUAUUGGUUUGGGAGUGACUUCCUGUGUCUUUUUCCUGGUGGUCAUUUUGAACUCUUUGUUCUGUUUAUGGUAGUGAGAGGCUCUGGCGCUCAGAGUACCAAUUAGGAAUAGGCACCAGAAGCAAUGUCCCCGCUGUGCAGUGUUGUGUCUGAGGCUUGAUUAACUGCACCAGGCGGAAUUAAGGCCUCCGUGCCUCCCAGAUUCCGUUUUGCUUACAGACUUCAGCUCAGCCUCACCUAUUUAGCCUUCAUCCUUGGGUCCAGGCGUCUGUGGCUGCAGCGUCCAGAACCGAUAUGAACUUUGAGGAUUUGGCUAUUGCCUUCUCUCAGGAGGAAUGGAGGCUUCUUGAUGAGGAUCAGAGACUUCUGUACUGCGAAGAGAUGCUGGAAGUUUUUGCACUUCUAUCAUCAGUAGGUUGUUGGCAUAAAAUGGAUGAGGAGAAGAUGCCCCCUGAACAGAGUGUAUCUGUAAGAGAAGAGCCACAGGUCAGGUUUUCUAAGACAGCUCCAGCUGCCCAGAAAACCUGUCUGUGUAAGUGGUGUUUCUCAGUUUUAAAACAUAUUUUGCACCUGACUGAGUCACAAGCAGCAUACUGUGAGCAGAAAGCCUUCUUCAGUGACACAUCUGUGAAAGACUUAUUUUCCAGUGCAAACUGUCAUCAGCAGCAGAGAGAUGCCAGUGGAGAGAAGCCGUGGGAAGAAGAUAUGGACAGGGCCUCAUUUGUGUCCAGGUGCAGCUUCUAUUUAACAUGGGUGCCUUCAGCUAGUACGGAGGUUGGCAAAGACUUGCCAGCCAUCUCAGAUAUUCUCCAACACCAGGCCACUGUUAGCACUGAGGAGCCACACAGUAGCAGUGAGAUUUCCCUUGAAUUUCUUGGUGGAAAAAAUUGUCAUCAGUGUGUUGAAUGUGAAAAAGCUGCUAACAUCUACCAGAAGGUUGUUCAGCAUCUGGGUGUCUGCUCUGGAGAAGUGAAUUAUGAGUGUAACAAAUGUGGGCAAGGUUUUAGACAAAUGUUUAAUCUCAUUCAACAUAAGGGAGUUCACAAUGGACAAAAGCCCUAUGAGUGUAGUGAAUGUUGGAAGUUCUUCAGAAAUAAGUCUAACCUCAUUCAGCACCAAAGAGUUCACACUGGAGAAAAGCCAUAUGAGUGUAGUGACUGUGGAAAGAUCUUCAGCCAAAGUUCUACGCUCAGUCAACACAAAAGAGUUCACACUGGAGAAAAGUCUUAUGAGUGUACUUACUGUGGAAAGGCCUUCCGUGAAAAGUCUCACCUCAUUAAACACUACAAAGUUCACACUGGGGAAAAGCCCUAUGAGUGUACUUACUGUGGAAAGGCCUUUCGUGAAAGGUCUCACCUUAUUAAACACUGCAGAGUUCACACUGGAGAAAAACCCUAUGAGUGUAGUGCCUGUGGAAAGUCCUUCCGUCAAAGAUCUACCCUCACUAAACACCACAGAGUUCACACUGGAGAAAAGCCCUAUGUGUGUAGUGACUGUGGAAAGUCCUUCCGUCAAAGAUCUACCCUCACUAAACACCUCAGAGUUCACACUGGAGAAAAGCCCUAUGAGUGUAGUGACUGUAGGAAGUCCUUCAAUCAAAGGUCUCACCUCAUUAAACACUGCCGAGUUCACACUAGAGAAAAGCCCUAUGAGUGUAGUGAAUGUGGGAAAUCUUUUAGCCACAAACCUAGCAUACUUAGACACCUGAGAGCUCAUUCUGGAGAAAGUCCUUAAAUGUGCAAGGAGUGUUUUAUUAUUGUCACUCAGAAUAGCAGUAUUGAAAGAGACUCUUUGACACCCAUUUACUAAAAUAUAAAUCUCUUUUAAUGGAAAAAAUUCUCUGCUAGGUUCCUCAUAAUUUUUAGGUACAAGUGAGGCUUUAAGGAGCUGCAUUGCACUUGCUAACCUGCCCAGGCCUACUACCCAAUUGAUAUCACUGUGAGUACUUGUGGCUGAAGUGAUUUCACUUCUACCACCUGGCUCACUUGAGCAGUGUGCAUCAGUGAAAACCCCUGUUUGCUCAGGGAAAAUCAAUUAUGUCUUAUCACUUCUACUUGAUGAAAUUAUGAAAACUUCUAUUUCUUGGCAGGAUUUCCAUUCCAUUCUCUGACUAGGGAAUUGACCAGACCCAGAGUUCAUCCAGAAUACCCAUCAUCAGGGACAUUGUGGUUCUCACUUCAUGCUGUGAUGAAUUGUUUCAGGUUCUAAUUCACCAGCUUGCAAACUGCUUGCUGUAUACUGGUCUGGUUUAUGAUCCUUUCACAAAGGUGUAUUUUUCUUUUGUAACUUAAAUUUUAUGGUUCUGUACACUCCCUGGGAUGAUUUGAAAGCACAAUUGUAAACACAGAGCAUGUAGAGGUGAACAGAUAUGGGGAUCUCAAAUUUUCUGUCCUUUGGAAGGCACAACAUGAUGGCAAAAAAUCACCUAGUCCAAUAUUGGCUUAUUCUGCAUUGCUGCCCAUGGCCUUGAAAGAAAGACUGCAUGACUUUGUGGUUCUAAGUUGCAGUCUGGUACCUCAAUUAUUCGGGAGGUCAGUGAGAAGGCUGUGCUUCUGUGAACAGUGUGAAUCAUAUUAUCUGUGCACAGUAUGUAUUACAUAAGGGGAAGUCAUCCACGUACUGCAAAGGAGCCGUGUAGGAAAUUUCAUAGGCUGGUGUCAUUUGUUGUAAGACUGAAAUGAAACUAAUAUUGAUAGAGAAACUCUGUUUUCAUAGUGAUGGGAGAGACUGUACUAAAGUAGAUGAAAAAUGCCUCUUCUGAAUGCAGAUCCACAAAUGUCCCAGGGCCUGUGGCUUGUGUGAUCUUUGUGUAAAGACAUUCUCAGGACCUCCAUAACUUUCCUGUAGCUGAAGUCAUUAACAGAGAAAAUGAUCCAACGGUUUUGUAGAUUCCCCUGGCCUCUGUAGGGUGUUCACCUCAAGGUUUUCUCAACAGGCAAGAACUCAAAGCAAGAAAAAAGAUAGUCCUGUAAUAAGUCCUGGGAUGUAUCUUUUGUGACCAGUCAGCAUUCCUGUUGAUUCUGAAAGCAACAGUCUUCACUGCUUGCCAAGAUUUGCUGCCACUGAGGCAAGGCUGUUCCUCCCAGGAAAUGAGAACUGACAUGCAACAGACUGCACUUUUUUAAUGAGUACUAUUUGGUGAGCCUUGUCACAGAUAUAAAGGUGUGAAACAUCACAUGUGAAAUAAACUUAUCUGUCACUCUUAAA